CCGUAGCUUCCUUUCCCCCGGCUGCCUCUUUUUUCCCCUUUCUCCUUGCUUUUAAAGCUUCGAAACCCGAAUCGCCCUCCAAACUCUGUCCAAAGUCGUCUCCCUCCGCACGCACCGAACUCCCCUAGCACAGGACCGCUUCUCCUCGUCCUCCUCCUCCUCCACCGCGCCUCCAUCCCCGAGUUUUUUGGAAUCGGGACCCCUCGGAACUGCACCAUGUCAACAAGCAAUCUGAGGAGGCGGCUCCACCAUGGAGACGUCGAUGGAAGGAAAAAUGAGCAUGUUGACAUAUCCAGUGUAGAUUCCCUCGACGAACCUCUACUUGGCUCCAGCUAUGACAAUGGUGGAUCAGAGAUUUAUGUUCCUGGAAGGCAGGACUUGUGGGAUGACGAUAGAAAGAAGGAGCAACUACACUGGUCAUUUCUUUUCUCAAAUUUGAUUGCGCAAUGGGCACAAUGGUUGGCAAAUAUUAUUGCAAGCUCAGGAUCAAUUUUUGGUAGAUUAUUCCCCUUCUCAUCAGAUAACCAAAACAAUCCAGUAUAUCUUAGCCCUUUGCAGGAAGAAAGGUUGAAUACAUUAAGACGCAGAUUGCAAAUCCCUUUUGAUGGCUCCCGUAUUGAACAUCAAGAUGCCUUGAGACAACUCUGGCGUUUGGCUUACCCCACUCGCGAGAUUCCUCCCCUGAAAUCAGAAUUGUGGAAGGAGAUGGGUUGGCAAGGUACUGAUCCAGCUACUGAUUUCAGGGGCGGUGGAUUCAUAUCGUUGCAGAACCUUAUCUUUUUCGCUAGGAACUACCCUAAUUCCUUUCAGAUGCUUCUGAACAAAGAGCAAGGGCAGAGAGCAGAUUGGGAGUACCCUUUUGCAGUUGCUGGUAUCAACAUUUCCUUCAUGCUGGUCCAGAUGUUGGAUCUACAGUCAACUGUUCCAUCUUCAAAAUCUGGAAUUUGUUUCCUUGAACUGCUUGGACGAGAUGAGAAUGCGUUUGAUCACCUGUACUGUGUGGCCUUUCGGCUGCUUGAUGCGCAGUGGCUUGUGAAACGUGCCUCGUAUAUGGAAUUCAAUGAGGUCUUGAAAUCUACAAGAACUCAGUUGGAGCGCGAACUAGUUUUAGAAGAUGUACUGGCGGUGAAGGACCUGCCGUCGUACACUAUGCUAGAUCAGUAAGUUAAAACUGAGCAGCAUUUGGCUGCCGGGGAACUGACUAUGCUGGUGUGAUGGGUCACGGUUAUACUUAUACAUUGAUCUGCUGAUGUCUUGAUCCUAAAUGCUUCGGUAGCCCUCUUUGUCUGGCUAUUUUGGUGCGUAUGUUGUAUUGUUGUAGAUCGAGAGGAGUAUUUGAGGCCUUAUCCAUGAUUCCUUGUACUUAUCAUGAAUUAGUUCAUGUACCUUUCAAACUUGCCGGUUCAAGGUAAUAAAGCAAUAAAUUUCAUCGUCAUUUUUAUA